GUAGAGUUAUGAAGAUUUUCAACUUUGAUGGUUUGUCAACACUCUUGAUAAUUGAAUUUCAUAAUCAUAUUCAUGCUUUACUUAUAAACUGAAUCUACGAACAUGAUACGUUUGGAAUUUUGGUAAAGACAAUGGAAGUCAUUUGUUAUAGUCAAAGUCAGCUGCUGAAAACAAUGCUGGAAGUCAACAAAGUUUGGAAUAUAUACACUAGCACAUGGAAGAAAUCAAAUGUGAUGCCCUUUUAUGGGCAAAGAUUGAGAAAGAGACCCAAGCAAAUAGAAACUGAUUCAUGUUUGGAAUUCUGUAUGAUUUUAUCUUUCUUCAACCGUACAUAACAAGAAAGUCAUAUCCCAAGAAUAGAUAGAACAGCAAGCAAUGAUUGCAGAACUGAAACAACAUAUUACUGUCCUCUUCAUUUAUCUCCUCUUCUAUUCGUCUCAGUUUGCUAUAUCCCACUAUUCAUGGAAUAAAAAUGCCAGUCUUUUGAAUUCUACUGCCGGGCUUUCCUCUUUCUGGAUCAACAGGCCGUCUCUCAUUCUUAAUUCCACCACUGACUUCUAUGAUUUGACACCCAUACUUCAUCGAGGAAAUGCCGGCCCACGAUUCGUCUGUGGCUUCUACUGCAAUUACAAUGCCAUAGAAUGCUUUCUUGGUAUCCUUUUGUACCAUGACAGAUCUGACGGGCAGAAUGAUAGGAUAAAUCGCCCCCAGUUAGUUUGGUCUGCUAACAGGAACCAUCCUGUGAAAGCCAACGCAACCUUGCAACUAGGCCAAGAUGGCAACUUGGUCUUGGCAAACUCUGAUGGCACUCUUGUUUGGUCCACUAAUACUACUGGAAAGUCUGUUUCUGGCCUAAACUUGACAGAAAUGGGAAAUCUUGUGCUCCUUGAUAAGAGAAAGCGCCCAAUUUGGCAGUCUUUUGAUCAUCCAACGGAUUCUUUGCUUCCAGGGCAGAAUUUGGUUUCUGGGAGGAAGCUCAUAUCAAGCGUUUCAACAACCAAUCAGAGUAAAGAUCAUCCCGCUAGUCUGUAUUACAGUUUUGACGGUGAAACCUUUACUGCUUCACAAUUCAUGAAGCUUGGCCCUGAUGGACAUCUAAGGGUAUACCAAUGGGACGUCAUUGAUUGGAAAGAGGAAUCUGACAUUUUGAUGCCAUAUGGAGGAAACUGUGGGUAUCCAAUGGUGUGUGGAAGAUAUAGCAUUUGUACAAAUAACGGGCAGUGUACCUGUCCGCCAGAGGAAAAUUUCUUCAGGCCAUUAUCUGAGAGGAAACCAGAUCUUGGAUGUUCACAGCUAACAUCCAUUUACUGCAACUCUUUGCAGUAUCAUAGUUUCGUAGAGCUCAAGAAUACCACUUAUUUCACAUUUCAGCUCAAUCAUCAACUAAGUUCGAGCAUAGUAUGGCUUGAGGGGAAAAAGUUGGAAGAUUGCAAAAGGGCCUGUCUGAGUAACUGUUCUUGCAAAGCUGCUGUUUUUGAAUAUGAUUUGGAUGGGACUCGAAGAGGGAGUUGUUUGUUACUGAAUGAAGUCUUCUCUCUCAUAGACAACGAAGAAGGAAGAGGCAAGACAGUGUUUCUUAAGGUGCAGAAUUCCUCAAAGGCGCAGAAUCAGUCUCCAAUAGUUAUUGGAGGAAAGAAAUCAAGACCUUUCGAAGUGAUAAUAGGAUCAAAUCUUGCAGCUUUGUUCUGUAUAAUUUUAAGCAUAACUAUUUGUUUUGUUAUUUUCAGAAAGAGGACACAUGAGUCCAGAAAGGUUGGGGAUUUUCUUGAUCUUGAACCAAUCAUACCGGGAAUGCUAACUCGAUUCUCUUACAAUGAGUUGAAAAUAAUUACAGAAGGUUUCAGCAAAAAGCUCGGAGAAGGAGGAUUUGGCUCAGUUUACGAAGGAAAACUCAGUAAUGGCACCAAAAUAGCUGUGAAGCGUCUGGAUGGUGUCGGACAAAUAAAGGAUUCAUUCUUAACAGAAGUAAAGAUAGUUGGUAGCAUUCACCAUGUGAAUUUGGUAAAACUCAUUGGAUUUUGCGCCCAAAAAAGCUACAGGCUUCUGAUCUAUGAGUGCAUGGUAAAUGGAUCAUUGGAUAGGUGGAUUUCUCAAGAAAAUCAAGAAGAUGGAUUUACAUGGCAUACAAGGCGAAGGAUAAUAUUGGAUAUUGCAAAAGGGUUAGCUUAUCUUCAUGAUGAAUGCAGCCAUAAGAUAAUCCAUUUGGACAUUAAACCACAAAACAUCCUUCUAGAUCAAAAUUUCAAUGCUAAGAUAUCCGAUUUUGGGUUGUCAAAACUAAUUGAGAAAGAAAAAAGCAAAAUUGUCACUAGAAUGAGAGGAACACCAGGGUAUUUAGCCCCUGAAUGGUUGAGCUCGGAAAUCACUGAGAAAGUUGAUGUGUAUGCCUUUGGAAUUGUGCUCUUGGAAAUUCUCUGUGGGCGAAAGAAUUUGGAUCGGUUUCAGGCCGAUGAAGAAGAUGUCCAUUUGCUAAGUGUCUUUAGUAGAAAAGCGGAACAAGAGCAGCUCAUUGAUAUGGUUGACAAAAACGAUGAUAUGCAACUCCAUAGAGAAGCAGUGACAGAAAUGAUGAGCCUCGCUGCAUGGUGUCUACAAGGCGAUUUUGCCAAGAGGCCUUCCAUGUCAUUGGUGGUUAAGGUACUGGAAGGUUUAGUGUCUGUUGAAACCAACUUGGAUUAUAAUUUCACAAACGUACCUGAGGUUGGGGCAGGCAACCUACAGAGGGAAGCCACUAUCAGUUCAAAAUGUCCUUCAAUUUUAUCGGGACCAAGGUAAACAAUAAGCUUAAAAUUUUUAGUCUUUGAAAGAACCAAUUUAUGGUUCGUAAUGUCAAAUAUUGUAACAUUUCCAAUUGUAGCAUAACUAUGGUAUAUGAGAUUAUAGUCACUAAAUGUCAAUGUUCAUUAACUUCCACAUUAGAUUUUGAGCUUCAUGAUAUUAUCAUGUUGAGGCUCCUCAAUUCAUGUUCAACAGGAAGUAUAAUUUUGUGUAAGUGCA